UUCCGGGAGGAGCGGGCUGUAGGGUAAGCGUUUCCUACGGGCUUCUGGUGCCCUGGUCUCGGUCCCGGUAAGCCAGGCAUGAAGAUCACGAGGCAGAAACACGCCAAGAAGCAUCUCGGCUUCUUCCGCAAUAACUUCGGCGUCCGCGAGCCGUACCAGAUCCUGCUGGACGGUACCUUCUGUCAGGCGGCGCUGCGCGGCCGGAUCCAGCUGCGGGAGCAGCUGCCCCGCUACCUCAUGGGGGAGACGCAGCUGUGCACCACCAGGUGUGUGUUAAAAGAGUUAGAAACAUUGGGAAAAGACUUAUAUGGGGCAAAACUGAUUGCACAAAAAUGCCAAGUCCGAAAUUGUCCCCAUUUCAAGAAUCCAGUGAGUGGAUCAGAAUGUCUGCUCUCCAUGGUUGAAGAGGGAAAUCCUCAUCAUUAUUUUGUGGCAACACAGGAUCAGAAUUUGUCUAUGAAAGUGAAGAAAAAGCCCGGAGUCCCUCUCAUGUUUAUUAUUCAGAACACUAUUGUCUUGGACAAACCUUCUCCCAAAACAAUUGCUUUUGUUAAAGCAGUAGAGUCAGGUCAGCUUGUCUCAGUGCACGAGAAACAAAGUAUCAAGCAACUCAAAGAAGAAAAGGGUUUAGUGAAAAACCCUGAACAGAGGAGAAAGAAAAAACACAAGAAAGUAAGUGGCCCCAAUCCUCUUAGCUGUUUGAAGAAAAAGAAAAGAGCACAGGAUACAAAAUCAUCUGCCUCUGAAAAGAAGAGAAAAAGAAAAAGAAUCCGGAAUAGAUCUGCCUCAAAAGUACUUUCUGAAAAGCAGAAUGCAGAAUGAUAAUCCUUUGAAUACUUUUAAAGACAUUUAAAUGUGAAAAAUAAAUUUCUUUUUAAAACUG